AUAUAUAUAAAUAUAUAUUUAAUUUAUUAGCUUAAUAUUAAUGAAUAUUAACAAAACGGAGACUAACAUGAGAGAGAGAGAUAAAGAAGGCUCACAUUUUGUAGCUGUUACUACCAUAUCUGACUCACAAGCUAUUCGAAGUGUGGAUUUUCACCCCGAUGGACAACACUAUGCGGUCGGGUCGAACUCAAAAACCUUUCGAAUAUGUCAAUACCCCCAAAUAACCAAGCUAAGACAAGAUCAACACUUUUAUCCUCCAUCCGUCUUAUGCAAACGGACAAAACACCAUCGAGGCUCAAUAUAUUGCAUAUGCUGGUCAGCGGAUGGUGAACUUGUUGCAACCGGGUCAAACGAUAAAACCAUAAAAUAUAUGAGGUUUAGCAAAGAUACGAAUCAACUAGUGGGACAGGAAGUUGAGCUCAAUAUGCAUGACGGAACUGUUAGGGAUAUGUGUUUUCUUGACAAUUUAUCAUCAAAAUCACGAUUGCUUGCUAGCGGAGGUGCUGGUGACUGUAAAAUCUACGUGACAGACUGUAUGACGGGCAUGCCGGUACAGGUGUUUAGUGGACAUUCUGGACAUAUUUCAUCACUCUAUAGCUGGAACCAUACAACGUUCGCAUCUGGAUCUCAGGAUCAAACAAUACGCUUUUGGGACAUUCGAUCAAAUGGUGUCAUCAACUCGUUUGAUGAGUACAAGACCGACGCUUUCCAAAAGUCGCCUGUAACAGCGGUUUGUGUAGACCCGACAGGGCGACUACUUGUUUCAGGACACGCAGAUAGCGCUUGUGUGCUUUACGACAUCCGUGGAAAUAGGCUUAUACAACGGUUCUAUCCGCACAGCGCAGAAAUAAGAUGCAUACGCUUUUCUCCUUCUGCUUAUUAUAUGCUCACGUGUAGCUAUGAUAACACCAUAAGACUUACGGAUUUGCAAGGUGAUCUUGCAAGUGACCUCGCAUCUGUAGUUGUAGCAAAGCACAAAGACAAGGCUAUUACAAUAAGAUGGCAUCCAACCGAAUUUUCUUUUAUUUCAACAUCUGCGGACAAGACUGCAACAUUAUGGGCCUUACCUCAAUCCUAACUUAUUAAAAAUCCUUAACGUUAAUAUUAUAAUAUUUAUUAAGAUGUAGUACGAAUUAAAUAUUAAUAUGUUAACGUAAUUAUCAAUUUUAUUUAGAAAACCAUUCAUAGC